AUAAUUUUUUCUUCACUUUUUUUUUUUUAUUUACACGCACACAUACUCACACAAUUAGAUGCGCGCGUGGAUUUGUAUAUUAAUAUUACGUUCUACCGCACUGUAGAUACUAUAGUAUAAGUCUUAAUUUUUUUUUUUUUUUUCCCGUUUUACACACGCGUACUACCACCGGGUACGGCGUUUUAUAUUUUUUCUUCCUUGGCGGACUACAUCACCAUCACCGGAGUCGCGUUGUUAUCGUCGUUAAGAAAAGACACGCCGGUACGCCGCUCACGCCAAACGAUCGUUACGUAGUGCCGAUCCGCCGGUAAAUUCGCUGUCGAUAUCCGUUCGUUGAUAGCAGGCAGCCGCCACCGCAGCCGCCGCCGCCGCCGCCAACGACCGCUUAGCAGUAGUUGCAGCAGUUCCCCCGUUGGACACCCAUUCGUCACUACCACUGUGCGCGCGCGUCCGAUAACACUCGUCGCUCACACAUACCCACCACAUACUCACACAUACACGCGCCGCAGACCCGAUUCGUCACACAUACGCACGCACGUACAAGCGGAUAGCAGUGAAAUAAAUAAAGAACGGAUUGAAGAAAAAAAAUACGAAAAUCCCCGUGUACAUAAUAUACCACCACAACUAUAGCCGCCGGUACUCACGCACGCACGCACGGUUGCCGCAGCACGCACGUACGAGAUCGUGGUCACCGUCUGUACGCCUAAAUAUCCGUCGACGCCGUGCAGUUAUCAUCGUCAUCAUCACCAACAACAACACCGCAAGCAGCAUCAGCAGCAGUUAUCAUGGACGAUCUAAAAGUCGAGGUGCUCUUCGAUAACGGCGCCUACUACGAGGGUGUUGUUACGGGUGUUAUGGAAAAUGAAGUUCUGGUAUCUUUUCCUAAUGAUUGGUAUCCAGAAACUAAAUUCAAUUGUGCCAAUGUUCGUCUCCCUUUGCCUGAUGGCACGUGUGGAACAGAGUAUACUGAUAAUCAAGAAAUAGAAGUAAAAGCUAUAAGAGACCCUCAUCCUUGUUUUGGAUGGUUAAAAGCCGUGAUAAAAAUUAUCAGUGGCAAUCCACCAACUCAGUUUGUUGUCCAGUAUCUUGAUACACCUAUUACAGAAAUAGUUUCACCAGAUAGAUUGAGAUGCAGGAACACAAAUACCAAUAUUAAUGCUGAUACUUUUUAUAAGUUUGAUAUUGAAGUACCAGAAGAUGUUAGAGAGUCUGCUAAGAUUGAUGGUAUUCAUAAAGAACUUCAAAAAGCAAUUGGUGCAUCCCUAGUCUUAUAUAACCCAGAUCAUUCGGUGUUAAGUGUUAUAUCUCGUUCUCCAUUGACUAGUAAAAGAGCACAGAUGUUGGCUGACAUGCACUUCAGAAACCUUAAUCAAAAGGUCAUGUUGUUAAAGAAGACUGAGGAGUUAGCUAGACAGCUGGAAAGUUCCAAGUUACAGAUAACAUCCUCAUCAUAUACUGAUGAAUUUAAAGUGCGUGAUGAUCUUAUGGGAUUGGCAAUUGGUGCUCAUGGCACUAAUAUCCAACAAGCUCGCAGGGUUGAUGGUAUUACUAAUAUCGAAUUAGAUGAGCAUACAGGAAUAUUUAAAAUUUAUGGAGAAAACAAAGAAGCAGUAAUGAAAGCACGAGGAAUUUUGGAGUAUAGAGAAGAAUUUUUACAAGUUCCAAGAGAUUUCAUAGGAAAAGUAAUUGGUAAAAAUGGUCGAAACAUACAAGAUAUUGUUGACAAAAGUGGAGUAAUCAGAGUAAAAAUUGAAGGUGAUAAUGAACCACAACCUACCAUUCCCCGUGAAGAGGGUCAAGUUCCUUUCGUAUUUGUUGGUACAGUAGAAAGUAUAUCCAAUGCUAAAGUUCUACUUGAAUAUCAUUUAGAACACCUUAAAGAACUUGAACAAAUCAGGCAAGAAAAAAUGGGAAUGGAACAAGAAUUACGUAGUAUUCACAGUACUGGACCUUCUUAUCCACACCCUAUAAUUACUAACUAUACCAUGCAAAGGCGAAGUGACAGAAACUUUAAUGCUGAAAACGAAAACAUGAACAACGGCAUGAGCAACUCUAUGGGAAGAGGUAGUGGCAGAUCCAGAGGGACUUCUGGACGGGGUCGAGGUGCAAGGCAUGAUUUUUAUAACAAUAGUAGUAGUAAUAGAAGUCAACAUCAGGAUAUUGUUGAUGAUAGAUUACCACCUCCUCCUCAACGUUCUAACCAAUAUCAGUACAAUCGUACUAUCAGUCAAGGAAACAUGUCAAGAGAUCGUCGGGGAGGUAAUAACUCGACUUCUAGAGGUAACAGGGGAGGUGGAAACAGACGAAUGGAUGAUAGAAGGAGAACAGCUGAUGAUGAACAUACAAUACUUGAUAACGCUCAAGACAGUGGUGAUAGAGAGUCUGUAUCUAGUGUGGACGCGCAAGCACCAAAGUCAAAAAGCAGUCAGAAACGAAGAAAUCGCGCCAUAGCUGCUGCACAAGGUGAACCUUCAAUCAAUUCUGUACCCAGUUGUAGUAGUAGUGACAAUAUUAACCAAUGGAACUAUGACUUUGAAAAAGACAAUAAUAUCGAGGCAACUAACACGUCUCAGUCUAAUACUGCAAACAAUGGAAAUGCUAAUAAUGGUAAUGCAAACAAUGGAAACAAAUCAGGUAAAGCUCAAAGAGCCAAAGGUCAACUAAACAAGUCUCCAGCAAAGAACAAGUCAAACAACUCGACACCAGCAGCUAACGGACAGCAGGUCAUAGUAAAUGGUUCAUCUUCUGCGCUAGAUGCUGACUCUGCCUAAACAUUUUUAUCCAUUAUCACAACAUCUUAAAGAAACAUUAAGCUAAUUUUUUGUUUCUAAAAAUAUAUAUAUAUAUAUAUAUAUGUAUAAAUAUAUAUAAAUACUUGUGGUAUAAAGAAUUCAAACCACCAAAUUUCA